UCAAACAGCCCUAAACAUGGUGAAGGACCAAGAAGUGGAGCGCGUCGCAAAGAAGCUGGACAAAAUGGUGCAUAAGAAAAACACUGAUGGUGCCAUUGACCUGCUUCGGGAGCUGAAGAACAUGAAGAUGUCUUUGGAGACCCUACAGGUAUGUGUCUGUGAGCCAAGCAUGUGCCACGUUGGGUUACAUAAUCAUGGCUUUCUCUUCCAGUCAGGGAAUCUGACUUGUUUGGAAUGGCGUACUGUUUGUACCAUUUCUGCAGUGUCUAGAAUGUAAUCAGUGCUUAGUAUGCAAAAUCUAGGCAUGCAUAGAAUAUCUGGAUGACCAAAAAUUGCAGUACCCAACACACUCAAAAAAAAUAACUCUUUGAAUGAACAUAAAAAAAAAUCAUGGAAAGGAUUUCCACAUGAUAAAUUUGCUUUAUUUCAGCAUUAUGCAAUUCUGUUACUUCAAUUUAAUGUACUUACGCUGGGUCAACUUAACUUAUUAAGGUUGAUUCAACUUAUUUACUAUGGUUGGGCAAAGCUUAAUUUAAUAGUGUCAGCCCAACUAAUUUGCAAUGUUUUGGACAAUGUUUUUAAUAAUUAAGUUCAUUUUACAAAAUAAGUUUAAGUAAACUUAACAGACCUUAAUAGAGUCAACAAACAACAAAUGAGUUAAUUGUACCUGAAAAUGUUAAAUAAUGAUGACAUAAAAUUUGAAUAAUGCCACAUUAGGAAUGCCACCCCCUUGCAUUAGGACCAUGAGCAGCUGAUAAAUAUUAUUCUUCAUUCAGACCUUUCUAUAAGUAUAGUUUAUCAAUUAUGUCACAAACAUAUUUGAAACAUAAAGCAACAUAUCAAACCAUUUGUUUCAAAACUUAUUAGAACAACUUCAUUGCUAUAAGUUGUAUUACUCAUCUACCAAUCUAAUGGUGCUACACUUCUCCAAGAGGGUGACAGAAUAACAAUUACCCAUAAUACACUGCAGAAAUCCUCAGCCAAUGAGAUGCAAGUCUGUGUUGGUUUCAUUAAUCAGUUACUAUUAUGCAACAAUGUUAUGUUGGCUGAAAAAAUAAUUUUUAAUUAAAGCUGACAAUACACACUUUUUUGUUGAAUGAACUAGAUUAAAUCAAGUUCACAUUGUUAAAUAAAUUUUUUUAAGUAAUCAUAACAUGAAUGGAUUAAGUAAAAUUGGCAAAGGUGAAAGUAAAUUUUUUUGAGUGCAGCACAUUUUGCAUGUAAUGUUAAAUAACACAAUGGAGUGUGCUCAGCCUUCAAUGUCCAGUCUGAUGAGUGAAUAAUUUGGAUUUACCCAAAUCACAUCGAUCCUGAUAAUAUUUUCACACAUUACUCGAUCAUAAUGACUAAAAUUACAUCAUUUAAACAAUGCUAAGUAAUACUUUUUCUAGACCUCAGAUGCAGAUGUUGCUUAGUUGCGUAGUUUUUUUUUUUUUUUUUUUUUUAUCAUGCUUCGUAUUAAAUGCACUGCAUUUGAAGAGCUGAAAAUCUGAAAAUGACUUCUUUUGAUGUUCUUUUAUUCACUUAUGAUCUCCCCUCUUUUGAGCACUUUAUAGCAGAAGAACGAUCAGGUAGCCAAAGCAUCAUAAAUUGGUUAUUCGAUACUGGAUUGGAUGUUGUGAUAAUCCAGAGGUAUAUCUAAUGUAACAAACGUGGGCUUCCCUCCGUUUCAUUAAUCCAUGGUGCAGUCCACACGGAUUGGGAUGUCAGUGAAUGCAGUGCGGAAGCAGAGCUCAGAUGAGGAGGUGCACUCACUGCCCAAAUCGCUCAUCAAGACCUGGAAGAAACUGCUGGAUGGAUCUGAGAGUAAAUUGGAGGAGAAGACAAAAGGAGUAUCUCCCCUCCAGUCCUCAUCUUCUAAAGACUAUCCUGGAUCCAGCGACACCAGUAACAAGGCGGAGACGCCGAAAACGCCCACCACCCCUGUCACCCCCAGAUUCACCACCUUUCCACCUGCACCUGUCACGACGGACAGUCUGCGCAAUAAAUGCAGAGAUCUGCUGGUGGCGGCCCUGCAGACUGAUGGAGUUCAAGUCUACUGACAUGAAGUACAAAACCAGACUGAGGAGUCGCAUCUCCAACCUCAAGGACCAGAAAAACCCAGACUUAUGCCAGGACGUCCUGUGCGGCAACAUCUCUGCAGACCGCAUCGCCAGCAUGAACGCAGAGGAGAUGGCAAGCGCAGAGCUGAAAGAGAUCAGGAAAGCGCUGAUCAAGGAGUCCAUUCUAGAGCAUCAGCUCUCCAAAGUGUGCGGCACAGAGACUGACAUGUUCAUCUGUGGAAAAUGCAAGGGCAAGAACUGCAAUUACACUCAGGUCCAGACACGCAGCGCAGGUGAACCCAUGACCACCUUCGUGCUGUGCAACGAGUGUGGAAACCGGUGGAAGAUAAGGCCCCAUUCGCUUCUCAUUGGUGAGAAUGCAGCCAAUCACAGACCUGCACAUAUUCUGAAAUCUGCAUUCCACGGAAGGGAAACAAGACAGAGGUCCUCGCAGGCCAGCCAGAAGAGCAUGUUCUCCUCGCUGUACUCCGUCCGCAGGAACUCACGGAACUUGUUCCGUCCUGCUGGGUUCUUCAUCAGCUUAUCGAAAGACUGCGCCCACUGUUUAAUAUCUUCUAUCGUCGGUUUGGGGCUGAUAGAGAGAGACAGAGAGAGAGAGAGAGAGAGAGAGAGAGAGAAAUUAGGUUCACAUGGAAAGGGCUCCAGCCUUGUCUCCUGGGCUUUCCUCCGCUCACGCUUGUCAUCUUCACUCCUAACAGUGAGACUAGAAGGUGGUAAAAUGGCAUUGAGAAAUAACAGCAGUGCCUGAACAAAACAAAACAAUCUAGACACACACGCAACAUUCUCACAUGCAAUAUGAAAGGCCCUUCAACUUCAUGUUCAGGUCACCGUAGUCACCCAGAUCUAGUCCAUAUCCAGAUCAGAUGGUCAUUGCAGCCACCAGGAUCCAGCCCGUAUCCAGUCCAGAUGGUGGAUCAGCACCUAGAGGCGACCUCUAUAGCCCCGAAUGUCAUUGGAGACCAUGUCAACUAGAUGAGUCCCUGAGACAGAUCCCAUCUGAAGACCUUGUUGGCCAUUGGUACAACGCCAUGAGAACCAGACGAGUCCUUUGCGCAAUCUGGCGUGCGUUGCAACCUGGAAUUAAACCACACCAUGCGGGUUUGGUCUGGCAAGGGGAGAAUUGGCCCACUGACUGAGCCUGGUUUCUCUCAAAGUUUUUCUUCUCCAUUUCUAUUACUGAUGGAGUCUUGGUUCCUUGCCACUGUUGCUUUUGGCUUGCUAGCUUAGUUGGGGAACAGUUUUUGGCAACAUUGUUGACUUGACUGCACAGUCACUAUUUGAAGAUAAAUGAACUGAGCUGGACGGUGACAUCACUGAUUCAACAAUGAAUUGACUUUAACUGAUAAACGGACUGCUUUCUAUUGUCCUCUUGUAUUAUCAGCACAUAUUUUUCCUGUUUAACACUAUAAAGCUACUUUGACACUAUCUGUAUUGUAUAAAGUGCUAUAUAAAUAAAGGUGACUGGACUUGACUUAAAAAAAUAAAAUAAAAUCUGAAUCAGUUGGACAAUUCUGGUCAUGCUGUAUGGUUUUCAUUCACCAGAAAUAACCAGUUUAUAAAAGUCAUUCAUUUGGAAACUGUUUGGACUACAUUAGUUGCACUGCAUGGCUUUGAAAUCUUUAAAGACAACUGUUCAUAAUUUGUUCACAAAUCAAAAAGAACUUGUUCAUAUACGUCAUUCAUUCGGGAAUCGUUUGGACCACACUGAUUAAAAAGCUUUGAAUCACAAA